GUUCGUUUUCAUCUCCGCACUCAGCAGCUGCCGUCCAGAUCCCAUCCUCUCCUCUUUCCUCAUGCCGACGGUGGCGUCUCUGAUGUUGAAGCUCUCCCGUGACGCAGCUCGCGCCGCCCGCUCGGCUGCAUCUGCCGCAUCACGCUGUGCGGAGAUGGUGCGUCGCCGAGGUUCAGACGGUGCGGCCGCUCCAGAUCCGCUGCUGCGCCGCUCCUACAACCACCCGCCCCGCUUCGCUAACAUCUCCAUCCCCGAUCCUCCACCAGUUAAAUUUCCGGUGAUGGAGGCUGACAUGGCUUCAGAUGAAGCACUGUGGGCCUUGUAUGAGCGUUGGUGCAAGGCUUUCAACCAGGAGCGUCAACCUGAUGAGAUGGCUCGCCGAUUCAGCAAGUUCAAGGAGGUUGUGCUGAGGGUGGACAGGCACAACAAAGCCAAUCUUUCCUCCAAACUUGGGAUAAACAAAUUUGCUGAUAGGAAGAAUAUUGAGCUUAUGAGGAUGAAGAGGUUGUGACCCCAAGAAAGUCCUUGAGGGACAUCAACUGAACUCCCCAGAUCAAUCACCAUGAAUCGCCAUAACCACUGAAUCUUGAACUAGUUGCAACCCUGAAUCUGUAAUAAGUUAUGCUUGUUUGUACCAGGUCGUGCUUCAGAACCAA